UAAAAAAUAUAAAAAUAUCAACAAAACUGAAACGGAAACCACAGCAUCAAAAGCAAAUAUCAAAAGGAGUAGAAAACUUAAAUCAAAACACAUUUGUAAGUUAUGAAGUCAUGAGACCGACAUUCGAUCGACGCCUCUGGAUAUUAUUGUUCAUUAUUUUAGUACAAUGCACCAUCAGCACAAAACAGCAAAAUAUCAAACCGCAAAAUUCAAAUCAUGUACACAAACCCGCCGAUCCUGCUCCAACAUGGCGGAGCCUAUCAAUACAGAGCACACCAGUGUUGAACAACAGCAAAGAAAAAUCUUUCUUACGAACAACAGAUGACAAUAUCUUAUCACAAGCUGCAAAGCUUAAGAAAUCCAACACUAACGUCUUCAAACAGCAGCAAGAACUCAAUGUGUUUACACAAAAAUGUGCCAAAAAUUGUUUAGAAACAAAUAAAUCUGCUCAGCUCUCACUCUCACCUGCAGCCAACCCUAUCUCAACUGUACAUUCCGAUCAAAUCCAACAUUCUGCAAAUAAAUACAGCAAACCAUUUCAAUUGCCUUUGAUGACUGCGGAAAGUGCACAGUCGCAAAAGUCAAAAAGUCCUGCCAAAUCAAAAGCUAAGAAGAUUGUUAAUAGUAGAAAAGUGCUAACAGAACAUGCCAAAGUGCAUAUAGCGCAUCGUAGCCUACACAAAGAAGUACAACUCCAUAGACAACCACACGAGCAUCACAAAAUUCACAAUAAACCGCAUAGCACUAUUGUGAAUACACGUAUUAGGCGCGCUACAGAACGUUUGCAUGCACUGAACACUCUCGACGCUAACAAUGACAGUGUAAGCAAUGAAGAGUUCACUGUGUCUGAGACAACUAAAAAACCAGUCUCGGCUUACAAUACUGCACUGUUGGAGCAGAUCAGCUUUACAUCACCCUCUCAUUUUCUUCAGAAACAGCAAUAUACCACUACUUACUAUAAUGAGAGUAUUUCUCAAUUGAGCUCACAUGAUGGUGUCCAUCUGCUUGCGUUUGCACAACGUCCUUUUAGCGUUUUGGCACCUAAAACUAAACGCUCAAGGUCCACAGUCACUAUGCCAGUGGAAAAAAUACACAAGGUUAGCGAACCAAUGAUUAUUAUUGAUGAUGGAGAGGAAUUUGAUAGUGGCAAUGAUCAUGAGCUGGCAGCUGUGGCCAAUGCUGAUGAUAAAAGCGAAGAUUACUCACAUGACGAACCUUUGGAACCACGCGUUCUUCCUCUUCGUCCGGUACCACCUAAUCCAUAUGAGGAUGAAGAAAUGUCCGUUGUUUAUGCUGAACAGCAUUCCGAAAUACGUUUAAUGUGCGAAGUGGACCUGGAUAUUGCAGCCAGUAUGUGGUAUAAGAAUGGACAGGUUGUGCACGCCAUUGAUCGCACCUCACGUGCCACCGAUUAUCGUUUCAUUAAAGAGGCUAAUGGAGCGCUCACCAUCACCAAUGUCAUGCUGGAAGACGAUGGCAAGUGGCAGUGCGAAGCUGAGAAUACGCGCCGAUACACCGAAAACGCGAGACCAGUCAAAUUGGUAGUAUUAGAUCGUCCAAAGUCGCCAUAUUUGCUGAUUGACUCAAGGCGCCUGGAUGCAGGCAAUAUUUUUGUACCAGUCAAAGAGAAUUCUGAACUAAAUUUGGCUUGUGUAAGCGAAGGUGGGAAUCCAAAGCCUUUGCUCACUUGGGAGGUGUUACUUAGUCCUGGUGUGGAUCGCCAUGCACAAAAAGUGUCUGCUGAAGUACUAGAGUUGGAGGAAAUCAAAAGUGAUAAGGUUGUGCACGCCAUUGAUCGCACCUCACGUGCCACCGAUUAUCGUUUCAUUAAAGAGGCUAAUGGAGCGCUCACCAUCACCAAUGUCAUGCUGGAAGACGAUGGCAAGUGGCAGUGCGAAGCUGAGAAUACGCGCCGAUACACCGAAAACGCGAGACCAGUCAAAUUGGUAGUAUUAGAUCGUCCGAAAUCGCCAUAUUUGCUGAUUGAUUCAAGGCGCCUGGAUGCAGGCAAUAUUUUUGUACCAGUCAAAGAGAAUUCUGAACUAAAUUUGGCUUGUGUAAGCGAAGGUGGGAAUCCAAAGCCUUUGCUGACUUGGGAGGUGUUACUUAGUCCUGGUGUGGAUCGCCAUGCACAAAAAGUGUCUGCUGAAGUACUAGAGUUGGAGGAAAUCAAAAGUGAUAAGGUUCCUGUUGCAUAUUAA